AUGCAAGGUCAACAACACCCUUGUAACAACGACAUCACCAACGUGGCGUACUGGUGCGAUCUAUCUUACAACUAUGACAAGGAGAAGGCGCUUGAUACAACAAAGGCCAUCAAUGCUGUUUCCCAUAUCAAGUGCCCCGACAAGGAACAAUACAAGGGGAACUCUGAUAACAGGAGUAUCAACUACUUCUUGAGUCUUGUCCGCUGUGAAGCGAAGCAAACAGCGCUGGGCCCUCGAUUAUCGUACAUCUAUCUAUCCAACUGUCUUAGCCAGUCGGUCAAGAGGAACUUACAGAUCCACUUGGAAACUACCCAGAGAAAGAAAUGUGCCAUUGUAGCCAUUAAACCCUUCAUACUUCGGGUUGGUAAAUACCUCGGAAGAAAGCAGCACUAG